AUGAGUACAAUAGACGAUGAAGAUGACGCUUGGUCAUAUUCAUUCCCUCCAUCAUUGGAUUCGCUACCAUUGAAGAAAGCCGAAGAAGGAGGGCAAGAAAGUAAUGAUAAUAAAAAGGAAGAAAGUAAUGGAAGACCAUCGCUUCUGAUAUCUACUAAUAAUGGAAAUUCAGCGUUCAAUCAAGAUGAGAAGAAACCAUUGAAUGGUGAAAAUGGUGCUGAUGUUGAAUCACAAAUUUCAUCUUCCUCAUCUACUGAACGACAAGCUUCUCGAUCUUCAUUAUCAUUACAAUCUCCUUUCACGCAGAAAUCAACACCAGCAGAUCCAAAGACAACCAAACAUGAUGCCAAUUCCAUAAUAUCAAAAGAUUCUUCAGGAAAUGGUUUAUUCCAAGAUUCUAUUAAUAAAGAAGAUACAGAAAGUUCCAUCAAAACCAGUUUCUUUCUGAAUCUUAGUAAUUCGGUAGGAUUUCAAGUUCAAAGUAUAGAGGGAUCAGAUCAACGAGAAUUAUUAGGAUCUCCAAGAAGUGCAGAUGGGAAUGUUUUUGGUUCACCAAAAUCUCCAAAAAUAAUCACUUAUAGAAAAUCAAAUCGAACUAUCAGUGAAGGUGAUUUCAGUCCAAUACUUGAUGCUCCAGAAAAUGUCCCCUCUGAGAAAUAUGAUCCUAGAUUAUAUUCCGAUGAAUUCUUUUCUUCUACUAGUUAUAGAUAUGCUUCUAUGAAAAGAAAUGUUGAAUUUCAUCAACUCUUUAGAUCAAUUGAUUUAACGGAUAGACUAUUAGAUGACUUCGCAUGUGCUUUAAGUAGAGAAAUAUUAUUACAAGGAAGAAUUUAUAUAAGUGAGACUUACGUUUGCUUUAAUUCAAAUUUAUUAGGUUGGGUAACAAAUUUGAUAAUACCUAUUCAAGAUAUAAUAGGAUUUGAGAAGAAACAUACCGCAGGACUUUUCCCUAAUGGAAUAGCCAUAGAAACCAAAGAUACGAAGCAUACAUUUGCCAGUUUUAUUUCACGGGAUUUUACCUAUGAUUUUAUAACCACAGUUUGGGAAGAGAGUACAGGAUUGAAAUUAGAUGAUCCAGAUGAAACAAACAACAGCUCAGUCAACAAUGAAGGUACGCCCAGAUUAAGUGUAGAUGAUGAUAAAGUUCAAGAUGCAUAUUCACCAAGAAUAACGAAUUAUAUUAUGUCAAUUGAUGAAACAGAAGCUGAGAAUUAUACUGAAGGCGAUGCAAGUGAAGAAGAAGACGAGGAGGAGGAUGGCGACGAUGAAGAUGAAGAUGAAGAUGAAGGGUAUGAAGAGUAUAUGGGUGGUGAAGUAAUAAAUGGUACUACUUCAAAUAGGUCUUCUCUCGAUCAACAAAAAAUUACAAUCAAUAAGCUUUUAAGGUUUACACCAAAUUCAAAUUAUAAAAGCAUUGGACCUGAUUCCCAUUCUCCGACCGAAGUAGGCGAUUCGUUCACUCCAGAAACCAAUGAAAUUGAGCUUUGUGAUGAGAUUAUUGAUGCUCCCUUAGGUGUAGUGUUUGCUGUUGCAUUCAGUGAUUCAAAUACUUCGUACCAUAGAAGAUUCAUUGAAACUCAUGAUGGAUCGGAGCUUUCCGAGUACAAUGUUUUCCACCCUAUGGAAGAUGAUCCCACGAGAUCAGAAAGGAAGUAUACUUACAGACGAGCAUUGGGUUACUCGAUCGGUCCCAAGUCUACCAAAUGUGAAGUAAGUGAAGUUAUAGAACAUUUGAACUUUGCCGAUUACAUCAACGUUGUGACAACUACAGCCACUCCAGAUGUUCCUCUGGGUAAUUCAUUCACGGUAAAGACUCGAUAUAUAUUCACAUGGGCCGAAAAUAAUAAAACCAAUUUAAAAAUGUCAUUUUUCAUCAAAUGGACAGGUACAUCAUGGAUUAAAGGAGUAAUAGAAAAGCAAUCCUUAGCGGGUCAAAAAGCUGUGGUAAGUGAUUAUAUCGAAGGAUUGAAGAAGGAAAUAGAUGAGAACACAUCAUAUGUUGAAGGCUUGUCUCUUUCAGAACCUAUCUUGGAAGAGGUUCCUCAACCAGUCACUGUUACACCUGUUAAGAUUAAGAAACCGAAAGAAGUCAAAAAGCCUUCUCCAGCCAGUGCUUUCUUCAAGAACAAUCUUGUUUACCUUGGUUAUUUGAACUUGUCAUUCUUUGUAUUAUUGUUAGUCAUUCUUUUGAGACUAUUCACGGUUGUCAGUGAAUCGAAUGAACUUAUAAAGAGUCAAGUUUUAAUCAAUAGUCAUUUAAUAUAUGCAAUUCAAGGCAUAUCUACGAAUCAAAUAGAUGAUGUAAUCGCCGGUGAUAAUGAAAAGAAUGAAUUAUGGAAAUGGGUAGAUCAAACAUAUGGAAAGAAAUUAAGUCCUGUUGAGAAAGUUAAAUUCUUAACUUAUCAAUUACAGAAUAUAUAUCAAGAUGAUUUUGACAAAGAAAAGAAGAAAAAGAAAAAGUCAACUUUCAACGAUAUCAAACAACUGGUUAAAGAGUUCAAAUACCAAGAUUAUCUUAAGGUAGAUAACAUUCCCAAAGCUAUUAAGGAGCAAUUGAUAUAGAUAAAAGUACGGUGAUAAAAACAACAAAAUUAACGAAUUUAUGAUAUGAAAUAAAAAAAUUGGAGAGAUUAAUACAGUAUUUAUGAUAUGUAC